GUGUAAGUAUGACAGUCUACAAAAUAACAAUUUUAAUCAAAAUUAGCCACAGAAAGAAAUUGUAAAUAUGUUUCGUGGUUUGGUCUUUCAAGAUCACAGAAAAAGAAAUGUGUAAUGUCGUAAAUCAAAUUAAAGGAGAAUUUUUGUGCUUUUAAUAAAUUCAUUAUUUCUCUGAGCGUGUUUAAACAAUGGGUAUUCUUUUAGCAAAAUUGUGGAGUUUGUUUUCAAAUGAAGAACACAAAGUUGUGAUAGUGGGUCUUGAUAAUGCUGGAAAAACAACUAUUUUAUAUCAGUUUCUAAUGGAUGAAGUUGUUCACACAUCACCUACCAUUGGAAGCAAUGUGGAAGAAGUUGUAUGGAAAAAUGUGCAUUUUAUUAUGUGGGAUCUAGGAGGACAAGAUUCUUUAAGAGCUGCUUGGAAUACUUAUUAUAGUAAUACAGAAUUUCUCAUAGUAGUUGUUGACAGCACUGACAGAGAAAGAUUAUCUAUAACUAAAGAAGAGCUAUGGCGGAUGAUUGCUCAUGAGGAUUUAACAAAAUCAGCAGUUUUAGUGUUUGCGAACAAGCAAGAUAUCAAGGGAUGUAUGACACCAGCUGAAAUAUCAGAACAAUUGAAUCUUACAUCAUUAAAAAAGCAUAGAUGGCAUAUACAGGCUUGCUGCGCAUUAUCUGGUGAAGGUCUUUAUCAAGGACUUGAAUGGAUAUACUCUAAUUUGAAAAAUAGGAAGUGACAUUCAAUUUCCUAUUAGUGCCUGAAAAUUCUUCCCUAAUAUCAAUUGAUGAUUCAAAACGAAAUACUCUCUAUCUUACUCUAAUAUUGUAAAUGAACAGUACUUUUUUACUUAAAUUUGUAUUUUAUGGAAUUUAUUUAUUUGUAAACUUUUGUGCACUUAUAAGUUUAAACAUACCUUUUAUAAUUUCUUCAAUCGAUUUUCAAAUUGGUUCGUUGAAUGACUACUUUGUCAUGAGUUACGUCAAAAUAAUAAAAUUUUACCUUGAGCAUGA